AUGUCCUUGUCAAACUCAUCAAAAUGGGACAACACCGCCGCUGAAUACGAAAAGAUGCCCAUUGACGGCCCAUUGUCUAUACCUUGUACAAGAAUGCUGAAUGUCGUGAAUACCACGCUCCCAUUCAGCACUGCUUCGACCAUCCUCGACAUUGGAUGUGGGCCUGGAACGCUGCCUACUUUACUCUUCAAGAAAUACGGAGAACAAAUUCCAGAGACAACAAAGUUGAUAGCCACUGAUUUUUCAGCUGGUAUGGUUGAAGCUGCCAGAAUGAGAAAGCAGAAGGAGAUGCACUCUGAAAAUGUUCACGCCGCGAAAUGCUGGGCCAGGCUCGAAGUGGAUGUAAUGGAUGCACAGAAUCUCGAGAAGUUUGCUAGCAAUAGUGUGUCGCAUGUGAUGGGAAGUCUCGUCUAUUUCAUGUUGCCGGAUCAUAAGAAAGGUUUGUCGGAAGCACACCGUGUUUUGUUAGCCGAUGGUGUCUUUGCAUGCACCAGCUGGGCAAAGGUAGGGUGGAUGGGAUUUGUCGUCCAGGCGGCUCAAAAGAUAACCCAGAAGAGUAUCGACUCACCGAUGAAAUUUGCCGAGAUAUGGAAAUCACCUGAAGGAAUCAAAGCUGAAUUGGAGGCCGCCGGAUUCCGAGAUGUUCACGCUGAAUUUGUCGAGGUCAAUUGGCAAGUUCCUGAACCAAAGGAGUUUGUCAAGACGUUUAUGAAGAGCUCCAAUCCAGGAUUGACGACGAUCCUGAAGGAUCUAACUGAAGAGCAAGUGGCGCUGUGUAGCGAUGAGUGGGUAAGGUUGGUGGAAGAGAAUGGAAACGUCUGUCAUGGUCAAGCAGUUCUUGGUGUUGGGAGGAAGUGA